AUGAAGGAGCUGAUAUCUGGGAAAGUAGCUGAGGAGGAAAACGUCAUGCUAGUGUCGGAGGAGUGUAGCGCUGUGCUGCAGAACAAGGUGAUCAAGAAGAGGAGUGAUCCAGGAAGAUUUGUCUUGCUCGAGCGUGAAUCUGAUGCCGUAUUCUGUGGCCAAGCGACUGGGAUACACCAAGUUCAAACCACGAAAGUCUCUUUGGUUUUCGCUGACAGAUCGACUAAGUUCCCAGUCGGUAUACUUGAGGAUCUACAUGUGCAGAUAGGGAACACACUCAUUCCAGCAGACUUUGUAGUCCUCGAGCUCGACGAAGAGCCUAAAGAUCCACUGAUAUUAGGGCGAAACUUCCUAUGCACAGCUGGUGCAAUCAUUGAUGUGAAGGGAGGAAUCAUUGAUCUCCAUCUGGGAGACAUCGUCAUGAGGUUCGAGAUGAACAAACUCCUCAAGAAGCCAAUGUUAGAUGGGCAAACUAUGUGA